UUUAGAAGUUCCAAGAUGAUUCCUUUUUCUUUUUGGUUAUUUUGUAACAAUGCAAUAUUAAUGAUUAAAUACUUCUACUUUUGAUAAAACGAAAAUUCGAUGAUGCAUUUAGCUUGACAGUAUUAUAUUUCACCUUCACCCCAAGAUUGCAUAGAUUGGAAACUCAAGUGCAGCAUCAAGGUUCUUAACUACUGUCACAUGGGUUUGAAUAUAAAAUGAGAUUUUCCGUAUGACAUCAUGAUUUACGGUUAUUUCUAACAUAUAUGGAUCAUCAUAGAGCAAUGAUAUCUUAAUGUUAAAAAAUUCCAUCAACAAUCUUUUCUAUCAACUAACUAGUGGUCCAGCAGUGAUUAUAAAUAUAUAGGAUUCUCCCUUUGCUGCAUCAAACUCAUUCUUAGCUCUACGCGCAUUACCAUUGAAAAGAAACAAUCCUUUUGUUUUUAGAGGAAAGGGAGAAAAGAAAUAGAAUAAUGGAGAGUUCCUAUCAAUUCACUACUGCGAUACUCCUUGUGGGUUUAUAUUUUUCCACUAGAUUUAACAUAGCAGAAACUGCACCAGUUUGGUUCCCAGCCCAUGCAACAUUCUAUGGUGGGGUUGAUGCUUCUGGUACAAUGGGAGGAGCUUGUGGUUAUGGCAAUCUCUUUACAGAUGGUUAUGGAACAAGCUCAGCUGCAGUUAGCACAGUUUUGUUUAAUGGUGGAAAGUCAUGUGGAGGCUGCUAUCGAAUAGUUUGUGAUGCCAAAAAUGCACCCCAAUGGUGUGUCAAGGGUAAAUCUAUUACCAUCACCGCCACCAACUUCUGUCCUCCCAACUAUGCACUCCCAAGUGACACUGGUGGUUGGUGUAAUCCUCCCCGACCACACUUCGACAUGUCUCAACCUGCGUUUGAGACCAUAGCCAAAUACAAAGCUGGAAUUGUACCAAUCCUCUACAGGAAGGUUACAUGCAGGAGAAGUGGGGGCAUUAGAUUCACCAUCAACGGAAGGAACUAUUUUCAGCUAGUUCUGAUAUCAAACGUUGGGGGUGCUGGAGAGAUUAACAAGGUAUGGGUAAAGGGAUCCAGAAGCAAUAAAUGGGAAGCAAUGUCGAGAAAUUGGGGUGCCAAAUGGCAGAGCUUAAGCUAUCUAAGCGGCCAGAGCUUAUCCUUCAAGAUCCAAGCCGGCAACGGAAGGACUAAAGCCGCUCUUAAUGUGGUACCUUCCGGUUGGCAAUUUGGUCAGUCCUUCAAAAGCAACGUGCAGUUUUAGAUCUUUGUUUUAUUUACACCUUUCAUGCAUUUGUUUUGCAUUUCAUUUUUGCCAUACUGUUUUCUCCCAAGAUGUAAUAUAGAAAGUAUUAAGCACUUAGGUUUGAGGUUUGCAAUGAAGCCCAGCAACCAAGUUUGUUGAGUAUUUAAGCCCAA